AUGGAAAACUUUCACUGGGACGAGAUGGGAAUCGCCACGCGUGAUGACCCGGACCCGCUGUGGAACGGCUAUUUUAGUCGCAGGUGUGGUUCCUGCGGAAGUGCCACAAGCUUUGGCGAUCCACGCGGUAGUCAAUGCUCCAUGCGCCUUGGCAGUCGUUUCAGUUGCCGCUCCAGCGUUCGCGGCGAAGGACAUACCAUCGACGAGACCAGGCGCAAGCAGCGGGUGAUUCGUUACAUGCAGGAGGAGCGUGAGCGUGCCGCUCGCUCGAAACUUGAGCGGGAGAAGCAUGAAGACUGGAUGAGUAUUCGCGCGCUGGAGCGCGGGGAGCGUAUGCAGUACAUGACCGACGAGGAGAGAACGGCGUUUUUCCAGCGGGAGGCAAUGGAGGCGGAGCGCGAAAGAGCCGCUGCCGAGGAGGCUGCGCGGGCCGCUUUAGGCCGGCGAUAUUCCGCGAGGAACCCGAUGCCGAGGGCGGCGAAGGAGCGGCGUGGCGUGAUGGAGGCGGCCACCGCCGUGUCUAAUUCGCAUGAGGCGAGUAUUGCGGUGAAUCGAGCGCCCGUCAGUUAUGAAGUGGAGCAUCUGCAGAAGAAAAUGGCGGAGAUUCAACGGCAGGAGGCGGAACUCCAAUUUAAACUCCGUCGUGCCCAAGAUGACGCUGCUGCUGCGCGAGCCGAUGCCGAAAAUGCCAGGCAAAUGCAGCGCUCCGCGGAAGAGAAUGUUCUGCGUGAGGUAAAGCGAGCCAAUGACGAGUCCGCCCUAAGGAAACUCGCCGAAAGCCGCGCCGAAUCGCUGGAAAAACGUGUCGAGGAGAUGCGCAAGGGAGUCACGGAGAUGGAAGAAGAAGUGCAGCGAAUGAAAAGGGAGGCGGAUAAGAACAUGUCGAUGUUCCGUGAGAAUGAAAAGCAGCUGGCAUCCCUUCGAGAGCAGUUAGGGGAUGUCCGGGAGAAGAAUGAGCGGCUCCAGGAUGAACACAAGCAGCUGCGGGUGGAGAAGAAUGCGGUAGCGACGCGGGCAAAAAAUCCUCCUCCGCAGUCGGUAGAGAAGCCGAAACCAAAAGCAAAAAAACAGCAGCAGCAAUCCACCCGUACGAAUGCAUCGGGCGGAAAAUUUGGGCCUGCAGGGUCCAAUUUCUCUCGGCGGCCAUUAGAGGCCGAAACGAAUUCUUCAGUAGACGCAUGGGGCGAGAUUCAGCCCCUGCGCGAACAGUUAGAAAGGCAGUCAAGUGCGUUGAAACGUUUCAGUGAUGAGAAUGAUGAGUUAAAAACGAAAUUGCGAGAUGAAACGGAAAUGAGAAGAAGGCUUGAGGAACUUUCCGCGCAGUCCCUCCACCCCAAGGAUGAUGGUUCCCUCAGAAGACAACUGGAGCAGGCGGAGAAGGAGGCCGAGCGAUUCAGGGCGGAGGCGCGGGCUGCUCGGCAGGAACUAGAUGACGCGCGAGUGAAUUACGGUAGAGAAAUAACGUCUUUGAAUGCCUGGUGUGCGCGUCUGGAUGCGCAGUGCAAGCGUCAAAUGAGUGAGCUGCAAGAUCGGGCGCCACGCGAUGAACUUAAUACUGAACCAACAAGACGCAAAAAGGACAUGCAGGGCGGUGUGGGAACCGCCAAGGCCAUUGCAGACGCGUCGUAUGCCAGUGAUUCUGCAUCGAGCAAAAAAAUUCAGGCCGAGCUGAGUAGGAUGCAUACACGAAUGGAAGAAUCCGAGGACCAAAAACAGAACGCCAUCGCCAAGGCGGAGUCAUUGGGGCAGAAGAGGGGAUCUCCUCCUCUGAAUGAACAGCACGACAAGCUUGGCACUCAGAGCCAUAAAGAUGCCUUGUUCAGGAUUAACAAGGAGGUGAGUGAAGGGAAGGAUGCUGUGCGAGGUGCGAUUGCGGCCGAGGGGAAUAAGGUGGAGUUGGUUCAGGGAGCGAAAGGCUUACUCCCAGAGAAAAUGACUCCAAAUGAGGCCAAACCGCUUCGAGCGCAGGUGGUGGAGGACGCGAGCGUCGGAAAUGGGAUAUCUUCUGCAGUUACCAAUGGGUUGCCAAAUGAUGCGGAGAUGGAGGAGGCAUGUAAAAGAACGGCACUUCUGCAGCAGGAAAUGGAAGGGGAAGGGCGAGCUCACGUUGGCGACGGGAGCGAAGAUGCCGCACGGAAUGCACGCGCUGACAAGGGGACUACUGCUGCUGUCAGUGAAAAGGUGGAGAAGAAGAAAAAGGCCAAAUGUGGCUGCUAA